AUGUACUACAGCGACUACAGCUGUGUGCAGCCCAGUGCAGCCAUAUUGGAUUUUGGGAAUUACUGUCGUAUGACCAAAGAACAAUUUGAAGAUCUAUUGCAAUUGAUUGCUCCACUAAUUGUUAAAGAGGAUGCAAUACGGACACCAAUCUCACCUAAAGAGCGUCUGUUGUUGACGUUAAGGUACUUAGCAUCGGGUGAUAGUCAAGUGUCUAUGUCGUAUGAAUUUGGUGUUGGAACAAGCACAGUUUCUCAAAUAAUUUCGGAAACUUGUACAGCAUUGUGGGUACAAUUAGCUCCUCUGGUUCUGCCAACACCAAAUUCAGAAGAUUGGAAAAACAGCGAAAAGAAUUUCAGAUGUAAAUGGAAUUUUCCAAACUGUGUGGGUGCUAUUGAUGGGAAACAUGUAGUAAUUCAAGCUCCACAACAUUCGGGAUCGACGUAUUACAAUUACAAAGGCAGUCAUAGUCUAGUAUUAUUAGCCAUUUGCGAUGCAAACUAUAAAUUCCUCGUAGUUGACAUCGGCGCUGAAGGACGUCAAAGCGAUGGAGGAGUUUUUAGAAACUCGUCUAUUGGACAGGCAUUGAUUAACGGAGAAGCAGAUUUUCCACCAGACAAACAAAUUUACGAUGAUGGUCCUGCACUACCACAUGUUUUAGUAGGCGAUGAAGCAUUUCCUUUAACAACCUAUCUCAUGCGUCCAUAUCCUGGAAGAAAUGGAUUAAGUAUCGAUCAAAGGAUUUUUAAUUAUCGUUUGAGCAGGGCACGAAGAAUGAUCGAAAGUACAUUUGGCAUUCUUGUGUCACAGUGGAGGAUUUUUAGAAAACCUAUCAUUGCAAAUGUCGAAAAUGUACAUAAGAUAAUUGAGGCUUGCGUUUGCUUGCAUAAUUUUAUACGGAAUAUGGACGUCGAUGAUGAAAACUUGGAAUUCGAAUGUAAUGAUAAUUAUAAUACAAUGAACAGUUCAGAUCAUGGUUCAGGUGGAAUGCGAAACAUAGGUCGUCUUGGAUCAAAUACAUACUCACGCGAUGCUGUUCGUGUGAGAGAUGAAUUUAUGAUGUAUUUCAAGGAAGACGGUGCUGUUAAUUGGCAGACUUCAUCAAUUUAG